AUGAAGGAGGCAAGUGAGGCCGAGGAAUGCCGCAGCAACGGGAGCAGCGGUGCGAGUCCGACCAGCCUGGCGGCGUCUGGCGGCAACGGCCUGCACGGCGUGCCGCUCGUGUCCGCGGCGGCCUCGUCGAGUGGCUCCCGGAGUCCGCCGCUGCCUGGGGCCGCGUCGUCGACCACGGGCGAGCUGGCCUUCCUGUCCAACCUGCUCGGCCGACGGGAGCCGCCCCGCGACAAGGUGUUCGUGUGCAGUGUCUGUAACCGAUGCUUCGGCUACAAGCACGUGCUCCAGAACCACGAGCGCACCCACACGGGCGAGAAGCCGUUCGAGUGUCGCGAGUGCCACAAGCGCUUCACGCGGGACCACCACCUCAAGACGCACAUGCGGCUGCACACGGGCGAGAAGCCGUACCACUGCACCCACUGCGAGCGCCAGUUCGUCCAGGUGGCCAACCUGCGGCGCCACCUUCGCGUGCACACUGGGGAGCGUCCAUACGCAUGCGAGCUGUGUGACUCAAAGUUUUCGGACUCGAAUCAGCUAAAGGCGCACAUGCUCAUCCACAAGGGCGAGAAGCCCUUCGAGUGCAAGCUCUGCCUGGGGAGGUUCCGGCGCCGGCAUCACCUGAUGCACCACAAGUGUCCCAAGGACGAGGCGAACGCCGGCAAGCCUCGCCGAGGGCGCAGGCCCAGGGCCUACGAGCUGACGUCGCCGCUGCCGCCUCCGAGCACGCCGCCGAUCGCGAUGCCGCCGGCCGCCCACUCGGUCGAGGUCCAGGAGGCAGCGCCUAAGAACCGCCGCAAGCCCCGGCACACCAUCCGCAUCCUGACGCCGCAGCAGAGGGACCUCUUCCUGCAGGGCGAGCAGACCGAGCCCCUGGACAUGUCGAUCUCGCCCACGCCGCUGCUGCUGCCGUCCACAACGCCGUACCGUUACCCGGCUAACCUGCCCGGGGUGCUAGACUUGUCUAACUCGCGCUCGGACUCCGAAGUGCCCGAUGACGAUGAUGAUGACGACGACGACGACGACGACGAGGACCCGCUGGGCGACCGCCUCGCCCAGGGAUUCCAGCUGGACUUGGUGCGGCCGCUGCACCACCGGGCGCUGCCCCACGGGCUCACGAGGGCCUUGCCGGGACCGCCGGACCGGGGUACCGACGGCGACGCGAGCAACGGGUCGUACGCGCUUGCAGCGUCGUCCUAG